UCCGUGCUCGGUCUCCCGGGCUACGGGAACUGGAAAGCGAAAGCGGAACCUGCCCGCCGCCCGCUUUAGGCUGCCAGCUGCCCGCGCGUCUUCUCCGCACCAUGGCAUCAGCGUUGAAGACCAGAGGCCCCUCAGUCUCUGAGAGAACGAUUGUCGUCUCUGGUCUUCCGGUUGGCCUUUUAAAAGACCAGCUGGUGAAGCGUUACUUCCAAGAUGAGGCUGGACACGUGGAAGAGGUGAUCUAUCCAUCAAGAACCAAAGGAAUUGCGUAUAUCAUAUUUAAAGAAAAGAAAGCUGCACAGAAUGCCAUCAGACAAAAGAGAUACUCUCUGACCUCAAAGCCUCAGCUCGUGGUCUCUCACUUCAGCGAAAAGGUCUUCAACUACGUGAUGGCUCUUCUGGACCUUUCUGUUUUUCGGACUCAAAUUGCACUAGAAAGUCUGGUCAUGGAGCUGAAGAAGAAAAUCCCCUCUUUAAACUUUAGCCCAUUGGGGUCCAGUGGGAAAAUCUCUGUGCUAGGUUCGUUCCUGGAUAUCAUGAAGCUCAAAGAGGCUUUGAUAUCAAAAGCCAUCUCCUCUUCAGAAAACAACAGGAAGUAUGCCGGUGAGAGGAGAAAUCAGAAUAGGCAGAGCCCCGGAAGCGUCCUCCAGAGAAAGGAGAACCCUGCAGCGGCACUCGGGACCUCUGCACCCGAGUCUGCCAGAAGCCAAGGAACACUUGUCCUGGAUACCGACAUUUUCCUUUACCUGAAACACAAGUGUGAGUUUUAUGAACGGACACUGAACAAAUACCAUAUCCUGUGUCAGGAGACGGUGGAUGGUGAUGUCACCACCAUUUGUCUACAAGAUGCUCGUGACGGGUCUCGCACUAGCAGGGUCAGACUUGUGAAGGAGCUCAUCGAGGAGUGGGUCCAGGAGCUCCACCUUGAGCUCAGAAAAGAUGCCCUGGCUUUAGAAGGAAGAAGGGAGAGAGAGAAAACAAAUAUCAAGCGGGCAUGUGAACAGCUGUGUUACAGAUUUCAUAGAGUUUUGAUUAAUCUUCACAGCACACAUAUUGACUUUAUAGGACCUUCUUCCGACACGCUGCUGUUUAAGACAGAGCUCUUGAGCUCUGCAGGGCAGAAAGUCACUUGAGGUCUCAGCCUCGUGGUCACUGUUCCCCAGACUGAGAAGUGUCUGUGCUUGCUUCUCAUGUCAUCCAUCCACUUCACCAUUUCAUACAUUGUGUAUAUCAUUCUCUUCGUCUUAUAGGAGACGGAGAUAGGAUUUAGGAAAACUAAAAUACCUAUCCAAAGUUACCCAGAUGACAGGGAAUGGGACUGGCAUUGAAUCCAAAAAUAAUACCUAAAUCAAACUGUCAAAUGAAAAAACCCAAAACCCACAAACAAACGAAAACAAAUCUCACUAAACUGUGAAGAAAUCUCACUUUCUCUGCAACCCCAAGUUUUUAGGAGAAGAAGUCUUUCCCUGACGUAGGUUUGUGCGAUCAUUCUGCUGCCAGGUUCUCGGCUUUGUAUUCACCCUGCGCUGUGUUCGAGUAUUGGCCACUGUCACUUGGGAAAGGGGUGGCUCUGUUAGAAUUGAAAGGAAUCUUGGGAGAAAUUUGUGUGCUUGCUGUUGUAGAUGAUUCUGGUUUUGCAAUGGCGUGUCAACCAGAUGUGCGCUGUGAGCUCAACACAGUGUGAGUCAAGAAAUAUGCUUUGAAUUCAAAUAGCUCGUAGAACACCCUAACUUUGCUACACCGUCUAUUCUAUGGUAGAGAAAUGACUGCUUACCCUGGUGGCUGACAGCUCCAGCUCACGGCCGCUGCUUAGCCUUGCUAGAAGGCAUUGCACUGCGCAUCUCUAGCCUGGGAAAGAGUCAAUGGUGGAAGUACAGUUUCUACUGGGUGUGUAUUCCUUUUGCGCCAUA